AUGUUAUCAGGUCUCGAGUGGCACAUCCAUUCCGAGAAACAAAGCUAUCAGUCGUUAAAUAAUACUAAAAUUAUUGCACCUCCAACUGUUCGAAUUAUCAAAAAGAGAAACACGGCAAACAAAAAGGAAAGAAGGCGUACCCAAAGUAUUAAUAAUGCAUUUUCUUGUUUACGCGACAAAAUACCAAAUGUUCCUUCAGAUACAAAACUAUCCAAGAUAAAAACAUUAAGAUUGGCAAUUUUGUACAUCAAUUAUUUGGUAGAUGUACUUGAUGGCGAUUUGGAUCCGAAAAGUGGAUUUCGCGCAGAACUUAAAAAUUUGCAUCGCAAAACCUGUGCGGGAAGGAAGCAUGCCUUGGAAAAUGAAAUAAAUAACAUUUACAUAGCUGCGAAGGGGCGUACAGGAUGGCCUCAAGAUGUUUGGGCAUCAGAGCUUAUACCGGACCAGAAUUAAGCAAUUAUAUAAAUAUGCAAACUUGUUGCAGAUACUUGGAUCCCAAAAAUAUAUAUGUAAUUUAUCUUGUUUGUCAACAGAAAAUAUUUUAAAAAUCAUACACAACCAAUUACUUAUUGUAACCAACGAAAGUCUCGCCUAUCACCUUUCAGUCUAAUUUUACUCAAAAUAGUUUUUAAAAAACUAUUCACUUAAACUUAUAUAGAGCUGUAUGUAUCAUUGAUGUAAAU